CUCCCAGGAAGUAGCUAAUCGUUUGAAGAAAACUGAGACUCCUAAUUACUGGAAUUAGCCUGGGUCUGCCGAAUACUGCUUUCCUGCAUGUUUAUUAACAACCUGCUCAGCCAUCUCUAUUCUGUUAAUUUGGAGAUUUUGAAAGAGAACAGUCUUUUUUUUAUUAACCCCUUUCUUUUAGAAAACAGACAACCUGUUUUAACAGUAAAGAAAUUUUUCUUUUCCUGAAGCUGCUUCUAGAACCUAAGUCCAUUCAACAUCAUGAUGAUUUCAAAACAGAAUUGGGAGGAACGUUAAGUAUGACCAGAUGUUGUUUCCUACUUCUGAAGAAUGUUGUUCUCUUUUUCUCCCCCUUCAGCUAUGAAUUCCAGGUGAAACCCAAAAACCCACUUGGUGAAGGGCCACCCAGCAACACAGUGGCAUUUAGUACUGAAUCAGCUGACCCAAGAGUGAGCGAGCCAGUUUCUGCGGGAAGAGACGCCAUAUGGACCGAGAGGCCCUUCGCCUCAGACUCCUACUCGGAGUGCACGGGCAAACAGUACGUCAAGAGGACCUGGUACAAGAAGUUCGUGGGCGUGCAGCUGUGCAACUCCCUCAGAUACAAGAUUUACCUCAGCGACUCCCUCACAGGAAAAUUUUAUAACAUAGGCGAUCAGAGGGGCCAUGGGGAAGAUCACUGCCAGUUCGUGGACUCAUUUUUAGAUGGACGCACAGGACAGCAGCUCUCUUCUGACCAGUUACCCACCAAAGAAGGCUAUUUCAGAGCAGUUCGUCAGGAACCAGUCCAAUUUGGAGAAAUCGGUGGUCACACUCAAAUCAAUUAUGUCCAGUGGUAUGAAUGUGGAACCACAAUUCCCGGAAAAUGGUAGAUGCUGCAGUCACAUUCAAAAGUGCUUCCUGUUUCACCAUUUCAAAAAAUAAUUGGAAACAGUAUGGUAUUUGUCACAUGCAUUUAAAGCUCUUUUGUUUACUAUGUAUAAAAGUCUAAAAUCUAAUAGCAAUAUUAGAUGUUUAUUAGAAAGAUUGCUAAGAAUAUUUAUCAGGUUUUACAAAGUCAUUUUAAGAAAGCAAGAUAUUGAUAUUAACAGAAUAACAUUUUUGGGGAAGCUGGCUCCCUGUUCAUGGUAUUUUAAGAGAUCAUUUGUAUAUUAUUUAUCACACUGUUGUAAUGAUGUUCUGAGAUACUUUUAUAACAAAAUUAACAUCAAAAAACUAAUAUACUUUAAAAAAAUAUUUACAUUUAUUGUGUAUUCUUCCUACUGUUAAUUCCAUAAAUCUCUACUUGGCUUAACUUAUUAGAUCAAAUUAUCGUCAGCAUAUUAUAUCUGGGGAGAAAAGGUCCUAAUAUUCACAUGUUUAUUUAAACUGCAACCUGUUAGCAAUAGCUGAGUAACUUUUGAAGCAUUUAAACAGUUAGCCAUUCGUGCUAAUAUACAUUUCAUUAAUUAUCUACAAAUGAUUGAAAAGGCUGUUUGAAUCAGUAAAUUUCAGUUGAAAAUGGAAUUGAGAAUUUGAUAUAUCAUUUCAAAAAUACAUACUUUGUUCUCUACCCAUAAACAUGCUACAAUGUCUGAAUGCUCUUUGUCAAACUGUCCCUUUAAGCAGUUGUGUCGGUGCUGUUUUUAAUUCUAAUAAAGCUGUGUCCGAAGACUGCAUUGAAGUCUAAGCAUGAAAGGAUAAGCCGUGAUGCGAGGCCUACCGUUUUAUGAUAUUUACUGUAUUUUUACACAGACGAUCUCUAGGGAAUGAAUGUAUCAGAGGCUGUUUUCUUAAUUCUAACCACCUGUAAUGCAAAUCCGACUUAUCUUUCUUUCAAACAGUAUUUCCUCCUCCACUGGGGAGGAGACAGGAACGCCGCAUUGGUGCCCUCAUUCUUAAAGGACCUUUCUGCGCUUACCUUUCAACAGGCUUCAGUUUUAUCAAUACUUCAUUUUAUAUUUUUCAAACAGUAUAAACUCUGCAAUAAAGAGAUGUAGUUUUUUUUAA